CAGCAGCUACCAUCUUCCCAACUGCUAAGCUUCCAAGUUCCAACCCCAUUAAAGAAUCCAAACUCUUGCCAGAAAGGCCGGACAUACUUUUAUCAUAAACAAAAGAAAUCCAAGAAUUCGUGUAAUUUGAUGGAUCCCAAUUCCUCUCCUUCAAAAGCUAUUCCAAUCGUAUCCACUUUCGCUUCUCCCUUUGAGAGCUCACCGGAUGCAAAUGAUUCGAGCAGAAAGCACCUGAGUUUGUGGCCUGGGAUGUACCAUUCUCCGGUAACCAAUGCUCUCUGGGAAACAAGGUCUAAGAUUUUUGAAAGGCUUCUUGAUCCGCCGCUGGAUGCGCCCCCUCAGAGUGAAUUGCUCACCAAGACUCCGUCCCAGAGCAGGACUACCAUUCUUUAUAACUUCUCGACUGAUUAUAUUUUGAGAGAGCAGUAUAGGGAUCCUUGGAAUGAGGUUAGAAUUGGGAAAUUGCUUGAGGAUCUUGAUGCCCUUGCUGGAACCAUUUCAGUCAAACAUUGUUCAGAUGAGGAUAGCACGACCAGACCCCUGUAUCUGGUGACUGCUUCUGUUGAUAAGAUGGUGCUUAAGAAGCCAAUUAGUGUCGAUAUUGAUCUGAAAAUGGUUGGUGCUGUUAUCUGGGUUGGCCGUUCUUCUAUCGAAAUUCAACUAGAUGUUAUUCAGCCAAGCAAUGGGAGCACUGAUCCUUCUGAACCGGCACUGACAGCGAAUUUCAUUUUUGUUGCACGGGACUACAAGACGAAGAAAGCCGCUCCUGUGAAUCGCUUGUCUCCCGAGACGGAAGAAGAAAAACAUCUCUACGAAGCAGCAGAGGCAAGAAAUAAACUGAGGAAAAGCAAGAGAGGAGGUGACAAGAGGGAGAUUGAGAAUGGGGGAGUUAACAGACUUGAAGAACUAUUAGCCGAAGGUCGAAUUUUCUGUGACAUGCCAGCAUUGGCAGACAGGAACAGCAUUCUUCUGAGAGAUACAAGACUCGAGAAUUCUUUGAUUUGCCAGCCUCAGCAAAGAAACAUUCAUGGUCGGAUCUUUGGAGGAUUUUUGAUGCACAGGGCAUUUGAAUUAGCAUUCUCAACAGCCUAUGCUUUUGCUGGCAUGAUGCCAUCCUUUAUGGAAGUUGACCAUGUUGAUUUCCUAAGACCUGUAGAUGUUGGAGACUUCUUGCGUUUCAAAUCAUGUGUUUUGUACACUGAAUACGAGCACACAGAUCAGCCACUGAUUAAUAUUGAAGUUGUUGCUCAUGUCACAAGGCCAGAACUGAGAUCUAGUGAGGUUUCCAAUAAGUUCUACUUUACAUUCACCGUCCGCCCAGAGGCUAAGGCUCAAAAUAAUCAAUUUAUGAUUCGGAAGGUGGUUCCAGCCACAGAAGAAGAAGCACGGACCAUCAUUGAACGCAUGGAUGCAGAUUUGUUGCAGACAAACAAGUAACAUCUAUUUCAAAUCAGGAAAGUUGGAUUACCAAUUCAACUUGUUAGAUCAUACAAUAUAUUUAUAAGCCAGAGAAAGGAUGCCGGUAAAUACCUCUGGACAUCAAAGAGGAUAUAAAUUUGCGUUUACUGUACUCUGCAACCUGAUUCUCUGUCAAUUCUGCCAUUUUUUAAAUUCUGAGGAAUGAGCAGUGACAUUCUAACUAUUCUCUAGGCAUAAGAUAUGUGAAGCAAAUACUUUCAAGCCUUCUAUAGUUCUAUUUCCAAAUCGCUUUUAUA